AUGCCGUCGGAACCCACGCUCACCCCCAAGCAGCUCCCCACCCCCCAGCACGAGGUAAUCGCCGUGCUGGAAUCCAUCCACGUGCCGUGGGAGGAGUUCGACAGCAACCCCAGGACCCACGAGGUGCUUCUAUACAAGAACACAAACGCGGGCUCGGACGACGUCGCCGCGCGGAUCAGGGACGCCAGCAUCGUCAUCUGCACCAUCUGCAGGCUCUCAGCCGAGACGCUGAAGCAGGCGCCAUAUUUAAAAUGCAUAAUCAGCCACGCGGUGGGGACCGACCACAUCGACCUCGCCUACUGCAGGGAGACCAACAUCCAGGUCAUGACCUGCACCGGCUGCAACACCGAGUCGGUCGCUGAGCACGCCCUCUCGCUGUACUUUGCUACGAGACGGAGCCUCGUCACGGUGCACAACACCCUCUCAGACUUUGGGCCAGGGCGCCCCAAUGAGUGGAAGUCCAAGGGCAGCUUGAAUGGUCUCAUGCGUGACGGUGUUGGCGCCCCACCACGUACAUGCACGCAGGAGAUAGCCGGCGUGGUCGGCUACGGCGCAGUAGGGAAGCACAUCGCCAGGCUAUGUCGAGCGCUCGGCAUGGAGGUGAUAAUAUCACAGCGUAAGAGCGACACUUCCGCCACACUCACAGAGCCCAUCACAAACGGCAACCUAGAAGGAGGAUCACAAGGAGGAGGAGGAGGAGGGGAGCCCGCCCGAGUCCCCUUGAUAGACAUCCUCAAACAAGCAACGGUCAUCUUCCUGGCCCUGCCCCUCACCCCACAGAGCACGAACCUGAUCUCGGCGGCGGAGCUGGCGCUGAUGCGGCCGGACGCGGUCGUGGUGAACGUGUCGCGGGGCGGGAUCGUCGACGAGGCGGCGGUGGUCGCGGCGCUGCGGGCCCGCGGCGUGUUCGGGUAUGGUACCGACGUGUUCGCGCGGGAGCCCGCGGGCGACGGGGCCGACAGCGUGCUGCUGGGCGAGGAGGCGAAGGGCCUGAACCUCACGCUGACGGGCCAUCUGGCGUGGUUCUCGGGCAAGACCAUGUCGAACCAGGUGCGGAGGGUCAAGGAGAACCUGAGGGCGUACUUGGAUGGGGACGGGGAAUGUGAUGGUGUUGUUGUACCAAGGGACUUUAAGCGUUAG